AUGUCCAGGAUGUCUUCCUUUCGCUUCAUGUGCCAGAAAUGCAAACAGCCUCUGAAAGGUGGUGAGUCUAUGGAGAUGUCCAGCUCAGCGCAGGGGGGGCCAGGAGAAGGCCAGGAGGGUGGUGCGCACUCCAUGGAGAAAAGAGACGGUGGAAAGCUGCAGGUCAGUGUCUCCAAACCCUUUCCUGACAGUGGAGGGAUGUCUGAGCAAAGGGCCAAGGAUUUCACCCUGCUUGGUAAGGUCGUCUCCAUGAGAACUUUGGGUAGCAUCCAGAAGACCACCGUGGAAACUUUUGACAUUCUCUCUGGUCAAAAAGAGAUGGAUCUCCCACUGUGUGAGGAAUGUACUGACAGUUUUUUAAAGCAGCUGGAUACCCAAAUUGCUCUCACAGAACUUGACAGUCAGAGCUACAGACGCUGUCUGGAAACCCAGAUGCUGACAGGCGAGGACAAAAGGGAGGCACUACAGAUGGAGCUGCAGGGCCUGGAGCUGGAGGAGGCAAGGUUGGCCCGGGAGCUGGAGGACGUGGAAGAGAACCACGCAAGAACGGCAGCGGAUCUGAGGGCAGCCCAGGCAGAGACCGUGGAGCUGCAGCAGCAGGAGAGACGGUAUCAGAGGGACUUCGAUGAACUGAAGUGGCAGCAGCAGGAACUGUUUGACCAGCUGACAAGUGUGGAGAACCAGCUGUGGUACGCCCAGGUCCAGCUGGACCAGCUGAAGAAGACUGACAUCUUCAAUGCGACAUUUGAGAUCAGGGAGGAGGGACCUCUGGGCAUCAUCAAUAACUUCAGAUUGGGCCGCCUGCCCGGCGUCCCCGUGGGCUGGAAUGAGAUCAACACUGCCUGGGGACAGACAGCCUUGCUGCUCCUCGCCUUGUCCAAUGCGAUUGGACUGCAGUUUCAGAGGUAUCAACUCGUCGCCUGUGGAAACCAUUCCUAUUUGAAGUCUUUAACGGGUGACGGUGCAGAGCUGCCGCUCUUCUCUGACGGGAGCGAGAAUGUUUUCUGGAACAAUACAUUUGACCGUGCGAUCAUGGCGUUCCUUGACUGCCUGCAGCAGUUCGAGGAAGAGGCUGAGAAGCAGGAGGGGGAUCUCUGCCUGCCCUACAGGAUCCGCGUGAAGGAAGGCCGGAUGGAGGGCCCCGCGGGCAGCGGGGAAUGCUAUUCUGUUAGGACUCAUCUGAACACAGAGGAACAGUGGACAAAGGCACUCCGAUUAAUGCUUCUCAAUCUGAAGAGAAGUCUCUCUUGGGCCUCCUCAAGGAGAGCACAUCCAGAGGCGCUCUACCACUGAGCCCAUCCCCAGCCCUUUUGACUUUGGCACAGGAUCUCCCUACGUUGCUGAGCCUGGCCUGCAUCUGGUUACCUAUCUGC